CUCUCUCAGCACCAACACACGAGAGCAAACCGACUCCCCAGCCAGGCUGCCGCCACCCCGAAGCCCCUUCCAGCACCAACCCGUAACUCCCCCACCCCCACCCCACCCUACCCCAAACCCGGACUCCAUACCGCUGUCCCAACGCGAACCCACCUCUCUCUUACGCCAAACUCUGCGCCGGAAGAAAACCAAAAAGUCCAACUUGAAAAGUACAAUAGGACGGAGUAGCUGCAUCGGAGAAGUUGUUCUUCUCUAGCCCCCAGUUUUUUGGCCCCGCGGCGGGGCAGGAUAGCAAGGGAAGGCCGGGGGGGGGGACUAAAAGGAGACCGUAUGAUGUGGAUCUGGUACCUUCUGCUUGGUUCGGGGUCAGGCUCAAGAACUGUUGAGAGCCAGCUGCUUCCAGGGAAUAACUUCACCACAGAGUGCAACAUCCCUGGAAACUUCAUGUGCGGAGAUGGGAAGUGUGUCCCAGGCGGCUGGCAGUGUGACGGAUUGCCCGACUGCUUUGACAAGAGCGACGAGAAGGGCUGUCCUAAGGUCAAGUCCAAGUGCGCUCCUACGUUCUUCGCCUGUGCUAAUGGCGUCCACUGCAUCAUCGGACGCUUCCGCUGUAACGGCUUCAGUGACUGUCCCGACGGCAGCGACGAGGAGAACUGCACAGGCAACCCACUGGUGUGCUCCGAGUCUCGCUUCAAGUGUCGAAACGGCCGCUGUGUAGACCGCAGCUUCUUGUGUAACGGCCAAGACAACUGCCAGGACAACAGUGACGAGGAGCUCUGCCUGACGACAGCAGAAGCUCCCGGCCAGGACUUUGUGACACUGGACUACCGCCUGCGCUACUACCCCAGCAUCACCUACGCCGUCAUCGGCAGCGCGGUCAUCUUCGUCCUGGUGGUGGCACUGCUGGCCUUGGUGCUCCAUCACCAGAGGAAGCGGAGCGUCCUGCUGCCCAGAGGUGUAAGAGGGAGCUCACAUCACCACCACCACCAGCCCCUGCUGCUGUCCCGUCUGGUCAUCUUGGACCGGGGCCACAUCCAUCCUGGGGGUCCAGGACUCUCCCCCGGCUCACCCAACGCAGCGGGCCAGUACAGUUCAACUCCUCAGGCGCUGCAGCUGUUGUCUGGGACCCUGUAUCCCUCCGGACUAUCCAUGGACUCACCUCCGUCAUACUCACAAGCUGUUCUCGAUGUCAGUCGGCCUCCCUGGUUUGAUCUCCCUCCUCCUCCAUACCUCCCAGAUGGGGAGCUUCCGUCAGAGGGCGAGCUGCCUCAAUAUGAGGCCCCACAAGACCCCUUGAGCCAUCCUCCAGCGUGUCCCGCUGCGACCUCUACACCCCGAACUGUGGCCUCAGCCACACAGUUGAGUUCCAGCUCCAGAGAAGAGUCUGACCAGCUGUAGCCCCCCACCCCUCUCUCUUGUAGACUUUUUGAGACUGCCAGGACCGUGAGGACCAGGCUAGAGGAACACAGCAAGGCUAGGACAGUCCACAACAAAGACCUGCUGAGGAAAUUCAACAGGGACUUAAGAGACUGAACAGUGCCCUCAACUCACUUCCCACACAUCGGCUUACUGAAGCACUUGACUGAGACCAGCUUCUCCGGCUGGACUGAUCUUGUAUGCUGGCUCCUCCUGCUGGGGUCAUGGAUGCACUACACCUUAAUCAGUUUCAUGUUAGAUCAUCAGUUCAGUGCAGUUUUAUGCCCCAUGUUAGGAAGUACUGCGUAUGAUAUGUAACAAUGACUACAAUCUGUGUGUCCAAAGAAGCAGCCGUAAACUGCCACUCAUUAUCAUAUCAUAUAUGAUGAUAGCAAAGUGUAGCAGCACCUGAAAUGGUCAUUGUGUUAUAGUGUAAUCAACAAAGAAUGGUAUUAUUCUUCCCUGUGGCAGCACUUGGUGAGCUGAAUGAAAAUCAUGCAAGAUUUUGUAGUACUCCUUACUCUACCUUACAUUUCGCAUCUGCAAUAUUUUCCAUAAGGUUUGUAAGAGAUUUUUAUCAUGUUAAAUACUUAAAUGCUAGAUCAAAUCUGUACUGUUGAGAAUUACUGCUACAUUUGAUGACUUACUGUACUUAGAGUUUUUUAGCAAUGACUUGUUGUUGCCUUACUCUUACUGAUGUUGAUACAAUUUUAAAAUUUAAAAAUGAGGACAGUAGCCAAGUCAAUGGUACUCAAAACAUUCAAACAUGUUUCCUCAUUGUUGAUGUGAACAGUAAACUGAUCACGUGACCUGUAGAAAAAUAACAUUUUGUAUGUUUUUUUUAGUGGUACAUAAAACUAGAACUACUUCUAAAAGAUCAGUGGAGGUUUUUGUGCUUUUUCCCCCAACAGUUUUUUUCCACAGUAUUUGUUGUUGUCAUUUGGUUAAAUUCCAGCUAGAAAUGUGAAGAGGACCAUUGAGAUUUCAUUAAAUAAUGUAAGGCAGAGAUUAUGAGUUUCAUAAAUCAUUCCUCUAAGCAAAAGAAACACCUCUGCUGGCAAAGAUAACAAUGUUUAUUACAUUUCUGUCUGAAUAACAGACUAAUAAUGUUUUUAUGUAAAAACAAAAAAAGGAAAAUACAAAGGAUUUUGUUGUUGAUGCCUUAGUCUUUGCCAGUUUGGCCCUUAGUGCCUUUAUGAGUGAUAUGUUUCUGGGCACAAAUAGCCUAUUUAAAGCCUCUAAGAACAGCAGCCUGAUCUGGGAUUUAACAGUAAGCUCACGUGACAAAGAACAUUUAAGAUGAUCUCAUCUUAGAUCAGAUUGUACAAAUUCUGCUUGAGAUUUGUUAGUAUAUAUAGCUUUGGCUGUGCGUCAUUCAGGAAAGUCAUCCUCAGAAGUAUUAAACAAUGACUGAUGAAAUCCAUAUCUGAAGGAUCUGUGUUAUAAAUGUACCAUUGUCUUUCGACCUUUGUUUGUUCCUUUCAAAGUCGUUUGUUUGACACUGUACAUAGGGGGUAGGAAAGUAAAGAAAUCUAUUUAAAAGUAGAAAAUGACUUAAAGUUUAAAGCAAGAGAUGAAUGUGUAACAGUAUAAAAUGUAGUUGUGCUUUUCUUCUAGAGUCAGCAUUGAUCAUGAUGCAGGCACGAGACAAACAAUCAAACCAAAGAUAAUCAUUAUUGACCUUCCCUCUAAGGAUAUUACCCUCCAAAGCAAUGAUUAUGUGUCACAACUGUUUGUACCUUUAUUGUGUUAAAAAUGUGCAAAGGUUUAUUGAGUCAAACAGAAUUCAUGUUAUUUGCUGUAAAACUGGAAAAAGUUUCUCAGGAGAAGAUUUAUACCAGUCUGUCUGUUCUGUUGUUUGUAUCAUGAUUUUGUUUUAAGGAAUGUAUAAGAUCAAAUUCCUUUUUUUUUCCUGAUUUGUUCUCAUGAGAUUAGAUAUUGACAUAUUUGUAAUGUUGCCCAUCGUGAUCUUUUUAUCCCCUGUAUUCUGUACAUUGAAAGUAAUAUAAAAUUCUGACUCAGA